AUGGAGCAGACAGACGCAAACGGCCAGCUGCCCAAACCCAACGGGGAGAGGGAGCAGCCCCGCAGCCUCCCCUACUCCGUGGAGACACCCUACGGCUUUCACUUGGACCUGGACUUCCUGAAGUACGUGGAUGACAUUGAGAAAGGGAACACCAUCAGAAGGGUUCACAUCCACCGGAAAGCCAAGCAGCCGAAAUUCAGCACCGUGCCCCGAAACUUCAGCCUGCCUGAGAACGGCUCCCGGGGUGCCGAGCGCGUCGUGUUGAAUCCGGCCCGGGAGAUGAGCUUGGAGCAAGAUGUCUCCUUGGGGCAGAAGGAGCAGCCCAGCGGAGGCAGCCCGGGGCUGGCGCAGAUGCAGCCCCCGUGGCAGAGCCAGCAUCCCACAGUGCCGCAGCUGCAGGUGGUGCUGGAGAGUGGAGGUGAGGAGGGCGAUGGUGCCGAUGCUGGCGGUCAAUCUGCUUUGGCUGGUGGGGAACCAACCUCACCGGGUGCCCUCCAGCCCACAGAGGAGAGCACAAACCCUGGGGAAAGGGAGUUAAGUGUAAGUGCAAUCGCUCCAAACGUGCUGAAGAAAGUUGAGGAGGGGAGUGUCCAGGCUGGAGAGAACAAGGAGAGCCCUGGUCCUCAGCCUUGUGACGCAGGAGAGCCCGGCGGGGUGGCCGCGCUGAAGCAGCAGAUCGCUGCUCUGGAGGAGCAGCUGAGCAAGAAGAAGGAAGAGCUUGAGGAGAUCAGGGCAGUGCUGGAGCAGCAGGACCAUGAGAUCAAGGAGAAGGAGAAAAGCAUUAAGUUACUGGCCAGCUCCAAAGCUCAGCUGGAAGAGAAGCUGUGCCAGGAAAACACCAAAGAUGCCCAGCCGCCGCCCAGGCGGAGCAGCGGGGCUUUGCAGUGUCACGACGCUGCGGUGAACACUGACCUCUCGCAGGUAACCGAGGCCAAGCAAGCCCAUGAUAAAGGCAUCAACGUAAAUAUUCCAGUCUCCACCGUAUCCAUAGGCUGCAGCAUCCACAGAUCAGGCAACAUGAACGCGCAAGCGGUGGAGCUGGGUGCUCGGAGAGGUCAGGGGCUGGCAGACGCUUGCACUGGUGUCAGUGGAGAAGGACCUGGACAUUUUGGUGAAGCCGACAUCGAGGCUGGCCUUCAUGCACCGUGCUUCACCCAACUGAAGAUCGACGAGCACCUCAGCGAUGACAAUCAAAACCACAGGAAUAACUACAGUUCCCAGAGUCUCACUGCUCACGCGGUGGCUGCAGAAAGCUAUCGAGGAACGAGAAUUGGCUCAAACACGGGAGAAAACAAGGCAGGCUUUGGCAAAGAUAACCCUCGAGAUGGGCUGGAAGAGGAAGGUCUCCCUGAGCACGAGGAUCUCCCCGCUGUUGACCCCAUUGGCCAAUACGUAAAAAAAAUCCAGGAGCUUUUGCAGGAGCAGUGGCUGUGUUUGGAGCACGGCUACCCCGAGUUAGCGAGCGCUAUUAAGCAGCCGGCCUCCAAGCUCAGCUCCAUUCAGAACCAGUUAGUUAAUUCCUUAAACUCGUUGCUGUCCGCCUACUCUACGCAAGGGCCUGUGGAUAAGGAGAAUUCGAACACACACUAUCAACAGUUGGAAACCUCUCCAACCACAAGUCUUAAAUCUAUCAUGAAAAAGAAGGGUUAUGGUUUCCAUGCAGGAGGCAAUGGGACCAAAAAGAAUCUUCAGUUUGUGGGGGUGAAUGGUGGCUACGAAACAACUUCAAGCGAAGACACAAGUUGCGAAGAGAGCCCAUCAGACGGGGACGCCGAGAGCGAGACGGAGAGAAGAGACGACGAUUUGGAGCCCACACAGGCGAAAGCUGGAGAUGAAAGCGAGGGGGCUUCGUUGGGGACCUCCUCGCAGGUGAGACGUGAGGAUGAUGACCUGCAGGAGCCAUCGGCAGAAGCAGCGCCCUGCACUCAGCACAAGGCUGACAGAUGCAAACCGUCCGAAGAUUUCCUUGCCGACUGCCAGCUACUCAGCCAGCACCUCUCAGAAAUCAGGACCACGAGCGACGAGCAUCUGCGGCAUGUCCUGAGCACCGUCUGCCAGGAGUGGUUCCGGGUGUCGAGCCGCAAGUCUUCCAGCCCGGAGGUGGUCGCAGCGUACCUCAAGGCGCUGGAGGCCAUCCAGCCCCAGCUCCUGGCGCUGGUGGUGAACCUAGCUGACAGGAACGGCAACACGGCUCUUCACUACAGCGUUUCCCACUCCAACUUCCCAAUUGCGAAGCUCCUGCUAGACACAGGCGUGUGCCGCCUGGACCUGCAGAACCGCGCCGGCGAAACGGCCGGGGCCGCGCCGGGGCCGCCCGCCGACAUGGACGUGGUGAUGGAGCUGCUGCGGGAGGGGGACGUCAACCUGCGAGCUGCCCAGGGAGGGCAGACGGCCCUGAUGCUGGGGGUCAGCCACGAGCGGGACGCCAUGGUGCGAGCCCUCCUGUCCUGCCGGGCCGACGUCAACCUGCAGGACGAGGAGGGGGUGCCCUGCCGGUUGGGCAACGCCGACCUCGUCCGGCUCCUCUUGGCCCAGCCCGGCUGCCAGGUCGCGCUGACGGAUAAGAGCUUCGGCGCCGAGACAUUAACAGCAAUUAACUCUCCCCUGAGAACGGGCACCUCUGCAGGGACGCGUGGGACGGGGCUGGGCUGGGAGCGGCACAGCCGGCCGGCGGAAAUCCGCGCCGGCUCGCGGCGAGAGGACACGUGGCUGCGUUUAUAG